CCGCUGCAUCGUUGCUAUUCCUGUACAAGCUAGACACAAUGUGGAGCGUCAAUGAAAGUUAAGGAUUCGGCCCGAUACAAGUCUCAACGUCGAGGUGCUCAUGCGGAAUGAGGGGCUCAGAGUGGGGAAAGUGUGAUAUGAACAUCUUUCGGGGUAUUGACUCGUGCAUCUUGCGUGUGUCCUGCCCUUGCCAUCUCGCCUUCUCAAGCACUAUUCGGACUGGGGUGACCGAUCUUAUCUUAUCCGGUUGUUGUGCGCACCGACUGCAAAACCUACAUCUGAUCACUUCAUGGGAAACAUCAUGAAAUCGUCGCAAGGGCAGGUCGACGAUGCCGAAGUCGCUGCCUACGAAGAGAGCGCUCCUCUGCAUCACUCGGCAAAGAUCUACCUGUACGCCUGGCUACCCUGCUUAGGCGGGCUUGUUUUUGGCAUGGAUACUGGGAGCAUGAGCGGGAUCCUUGCAAUGUCACAGUUCUUGAAUUACAUGGAUCAUCCAAGCAAUUUCACGCAAGGUGGAAUUACAGCCUCUAUUCAAGCUGGUGCAUUUGUCGGGUCGCUCGCCACGGGCGCUUUCCUAGCAGAUCGUUUCGGACGUAAGAAUACCAUUUUGAUCGGUUCGGCCGUCUUCACCGCUGGUAUUGCGAUCUCGACGGCUGCGAAUGGCGUCGCUUGUCUGGUGGCGGGCCGAGUUAUCAACGGGCUCGGAAAUGGUUGUUUGGCAAUGAUGGUACCAUUGUACCAAAGUGAGAUUGCGCCGGCAAGUAUCCGUGGUCGUGUCAUCUCGAUGCAACAAUGUUUCAUCAACCUAGGUAUAUUGUUGGCUUUUUGGAUUCAAUACGGUUGUUCUCAUAUCAAUAGCGAUGCAGCGUGGCGGGUCCCCAUUGGCCUCCAAAUGGUAUUCACAAUCUUGCUCCAUGUCAUCAUGUACUUCCUUCCUGAAUCUCCCAGAUGGCUCGCACAGAAGGAGCGAUUCGCGGAUGCUCAAACAUCAUUGGCUCGACUCCAUGCGGAUGGGGACGAGAGCAAGCCUAUUGUGUUAGCGGAAAUCGCAGAGAUCAGAGCGAAACUGGAAUGGGAGAAGCAGAAUUCAGCACCGUCGUACUUGAAAAUGUUGUUUGGAUCUGAGCGUCGUCGAACUUAUUUAGGCAUCGGAGUACAAUUCAUGCAACAAGUCACUGGCAUCAACGUCAUCAUGUACUACGCCGUGUUCCUUUUCCAGCAGGCGGGCAUCAAUGGCACCAAAUCCGCUCUCCUAGCAAAUGGUAUCCAAGGUGUCGUCCUCAACGUCUUUACCUGGCCAAACAUGUACUGGAUGGAUACGUGGGGUCGACGAAAACCAAUGAUCAUCGGAGCCAUUGGACAAGGCAUCGCCCUCAUGAUCAUUGCCAUUCUCAUGAGCACCAAAGGGGAUCCUUACUACGACCCAGAGACCAAGAAGACCAAUUUCAACUUUACCAACAAGAUCGAUUCCAAUGCCACUAUUGCCUUUGUCUACAUUUACGUCUUUUUCUUCGCUAUAACCUGGGCUUGCGUCGCCUGGGUGUAUCCGAAUGAAGUUUUCAGUAUGAAUAUGAGAGGAAAAGGGACGUCAAUGAGUUCCGCCACAAACUGGUUUGUGAAUUUUUGGUUUGCAUUGUACAUACCCACGGCGAUGGACAAGAUUUCCUGGAGACUAUAUAUCAUCUUCAUGGCCCUGUGCUACGCAAUGGCCAUCGUUGUGUAUCUCUUCUUCCCAGAAUCCGCUCGCAAGUCUCUCGAGGAGAUGGAUUUCCUAUUCGAGGAAUCACGGACCAUAUUUGUCUUCAGAGACGAGUCUGCCACUCGAGUAGGGGCGGUCGUCUCGCGGAACUUGGAGGCCGGAGGAGCCAUCACUGACUUUGGCAAUCGGAAAAAGUCAGUGGCAGAGACAGUGGAGACUGUGCAAACGGACAAGUGA